UUUAGUAUUAAAAAGAAUCUGCACCUGCAGAGUUUGAGAUCACUUGCAAAUUCAAAUGUUCAAAGAUGGGUAAGGCAAGGUUUGUUUCGGUGGUCAGCUUUUUACUUCUAUACAUCAUAGAAGCUAAUGGGCAGAUCUUGAUGAACUCAGGAUUGUGGAGUUGUAUCAGAAACAAAAUCUGCCAAUGCGGUCAAGGUAACAGGCUUAGAAGGUGUACGGAUUUGGUGGAGGAUGUGACAGAUAGAUUAGUAAUAGAGAGAACAUCAAGUUGCACAGGAGUUGCAGAUAGAAACAAUUUUUGGAAGGACGGUAGUUGGAUUUGUGAAAACCCGUCGUCAUUUGCGUUUCGGUGUGGACAACAAGUGACAGAAUCUUUUUUGAAUCCGGACAUAGUACCAGUACUAGUGCAAGAUGUUGCUGAUGAGCUAACACUAGCGGAAAGAAGGAGAGAAAUAAACACCCUUAGAUUCGUUCCAUGUUUCUUGAAUUUCAUCGCAUCUUGCCAGUCAAAUCAACCGCAAUGCUGAUAAAUGUCCACGCCAGUAUGCAGAGGAUUCACAAAAUACUUAUGAAAUGGCUUCUCAAAUUUUUGAUUUACAUUCAAUCAUAGAUUUUUGGCUGAGAGUGUUACAUAGAGCUUUGAGGAAUUGUAUGUUAUGGAAGCAAUAAGAAUUGGAUUACAAAAUAACCCAACUUUACUCGAGCUAGCCUGUAUUUCAAGAAAAAAAUAUUCGGUUGAUUGUUUUGGCAAAUAAAAUACUCCGAAUGAUUUUA